CCCGCGCGUCCAGUUCGCGAACGUAAAUCGUCGCCCGUCAAGACUGGUUACCUUGUCCUUUACAAUGCUGUCUCGACCAUCCUCUGGGCUACCAUCCUGGGCCGCGUCUUGCUAGUUGCUUCUGUGCAUGGCACGAAAUAUGUUUUCCCUGCUGUGGGAGAGUUUGCAAAGUGGACCCAGACUUUGGCUCUGCUGGAGGUUGUGCAUGCUGCUGUCGGCAUCGUCCGCGCACCCCUCUUCACCACCCUCAUGCAAGUCGCCAGCCGCAUCCUCCUGAUCUGGGGCAUCGUCCACCCCUUCCCCAAUACCGUCGCCUUCUCUCCCGUCUACAGCUCCAUGCUCAUCGCCUGGUCCGUCACCGAAGUAAUCCGUUACUCAUACUUUGCCAUCAACCUGUCUACUGGCGGUGUCCCUGCCAUCUGGAUGUGGCUGCGUUACAACACUUUCUUUAUCCUCUAUCCUCUGGGUAUCAGCAGCGAGUGUUGGUUGGUCUGGUUGGCUGCUACCGGACCCGCAAAGCAAUCUACUGGUGUUAGAGAGGCUCUGUUUGCUAUUCUCUUGAUCUAUGUUCCUGGCUCGUAUAUUCUGUUUACGCAUAUGAUGGCCCAGCGCCGCAAGAUCAUGCGUGGAACCCAUGCAAAGACAAACUAA